CGAAACUUUAACCACACAGACAACAAUCAAUUUCCACGGAGACCAAGUUGAAACUAUCUUCAACUCUCUCUCUCUCUCUCUCUCUCUCUCUCUCUCUCUCUCUCUCCCCUUCCCGGUCUUUUUGAACUCUUCUUCGUUUCCCUCUUGCUUGCUGGCUUGCGUGACUGAGCUACUGUGUUUUCGUAGCCGAUGCUUUUGAGCUUCGCAUUUUGAUCCGAUUCUCAGACCUACUACCUUACCCGGAAGCCUCCCCGAUCCGACCCAAAUCAUGGCGGCUUACAGAGCUGACGAUGACUACGACUACCUCUUCAAAGUGGUCCUGAUCGGAGACUCCGGCGUUGGCAAAUCGAACCUCCUCUCUCGAUUCACUCGAAACGAGUUCAGCCUGGAGUCUAAAUCCACUAUUGGGGUUGAAUUCGCCACUCGGAGUAUAAAGGUUGACGACAAGAUCGUCAAGGCCCAGAUUUGGGAUACCGCUGGCCAAGAAAGAUAUCGAGCAAUCACAAGUGCAUAUUACCGAGGAGCUGUUGGUGCUUUACUUGUUUAUGAUGUCACUAGACAUGUUACAUUUGAGAAUGUUGAGAGAUGGUUGAAGGAGUUGAGAGACCACACAGAUUCCAACAUUGUCGUUAUGCUUGUUGGUAACAAAGCGGACCUGCGUCACCUGCGAGCAGUCUCAACUGAAGAUGCCAAAUCCUUUGCCGAAAAGGAGAAUACUUUCUUUAUGGAGACAUCUGCCCUUGAAUCUUUGAAUGUUGCGAAUGCAUUCACUGAAGUCUUAACCCAAAUAUAUCAAGUGGUCAGUCGGAAAGCACUGGAAGCUGCGAAUGAUCCUGUAGAGUUACCUAAAGGACAAACAAUAAAUAUGGGAAACAAGGAUGAUGUUUCUGCUGUUAAGAAAGUUGGUUGCUGCUCUGUCUAAAUAUGACUGGCUAUCUACGGAGCAAGCAUGUUCUCUGUUCAUCGUUACCCUUCAAAUACAAAAUUUUUGCCUAGCGAUUGGUGGACUUUCUGCUGAACCUUUUUCCCUGUUUUAUUUAUUUAUUUUUUCCAGUCCUUGAGUAUGUCUUAGGUUGAUAGGUUUGAUUUGGAAAAAGUAAUUCUACGCACACUUGUCCCCUUUUACUUGCUUUGGUUCUACUGUACUUGGUUGCACUAGUUUAGGAAGAAUCUAUGGUCUAUGAUUUAGUUUAAUUUUGUAAUUGACAAUCACUCUUGUUUAUGGAAUUGUAUGAUAGAUUAUUCAGAUUCCUAAUAUGCCCCUCUUCAUGACCAAGCCAAAAGCAGCUUAAACUCUUGGGUAUGAAAGGGUAACAUUUAUCUC